AUGGAUUUCGCUCAAAUCAUUGCUGAGCAGUGUCUCACAGAAUCUCAAACUGAUCCACGGCUAGAAUGGUCUUUUAAGACACUUCGCCAGAUUUUCGGACGAACUUGCAUUAAGUUGCGCCAAUUCCCCGGGGAUCGUAAUGCGUAUGCGAAUAUGAAAUGAUACGGAAAAAUAGAACCACGGACGCCGAAUGGACGAUUAUUCACCGUAAUAUACGGCUUUAUUGGUAUCCCUGCGACUGUGAUCCUUCUUACAAAUCUUGGGCGGUAUCUGGAGCAUUUGACGCAAUUAGUAAAGAAGACCUUUUCUAAGAGAGAGGAGGACCGUGACGAUGUUUUGCAGGAUGAUCCCGACGACGAGAGCAUCACCGGUACCACCUUGUUUUUUAUUAUGAUAUUCUACUUG